AUGGUACUGCAUGCGUGCGCCGACCUCGGUUACCAGCUGAAGGAUCUUCAUUGGAAGAACAUCGGUAUCACAGCGGAUCAGGCGCUCAUUAUCUUCGACUUCGAGAUCUGCCAGCACAGUCCAGGGGAGCGCCCAUCGGAGAAAUAUGAUGAGGCAGUGGCUCGGAGGCACACUUCGUUCAGGGGCUUCCUCCAAGAGCACGGGUCAACGCAUUGGGCGCCGAAUUAUGUUGCGAUGUGUGGCUACUCGCGUGAAGGAUUGGUGGAGCCGCUUCCCCACCUGGUUGCCAACGGAGUCAGACGUUUUAGACGUGCACAAGAGUAUUCUGGGGGAGAUUUUGACGUUGCUGCCUCCGACUGA